UUGCCUACUCGUGUUCUCCGGAUAUCUGGAAAUAUCGAAGCUCCUUCGGUCAAGUUGGUUGUAACCGGGGGCAUGAAAGGCCGCUACUGUGCCUUAAGCCACUGUUGGGGUUCCGCUGAUAAACGACCCCUGAUGACCACACGCGCAAAUCUUCAACAUCAUCUUGUCGAAAUAUUGUUCGACCAGCUACCUAAAACAUUUCAAGAUGCAGUCAUGUUGGUUCGAGGCAUCGGAAUUGAGUUUUUGUGGAUCGACUCGCUUUGUAUCAUACAAGAUGAUGCUCAGGAAUGGCAAUCGGAAGCAGGGAAUAUGGGUGCAAUAUAUAGCGACGCAGCCCUUGUGAUAGCUGCUGCUGGGUCCAGAAACUCGACAGAAGGCUUACUUGUCACUGAACGGCCCCAACCGGUUGUCCUCAAGGCCCCUUACGUCCUGGACGAUGUCGCCAAAGGAUCAUUCAACGUUGCUAUGUUGCCAAAGGGCGAUAUCGAUCCAGAAGAUGGUUCUUUGCGAAAAAGGGCGUGGGCUUUCCAGGAAUGGUAUCUAGCCGAAAAGACUAUAUUUUUUAUGCCAGGCGGUAUUACAUGGAAGUGCAACAAAACAGAGCUGUCAGAACGAGGAAGCCAUACUGAAUUGUAUUUUCAUGAACGGAGCUCAUGGAUUCAUCUGUUGCUUAAGUAUUCAGAGAAAUCUUUGACUUAUCCUUCCGAUCGUCUACACGCUCUAAGAGGGAUCGCUAGCCAUAUAGGAAAGACUCGACCGGAUAAAUACCGCUUUGAAUAUGGAGUCUGGGAAGACCACCUCUUCGAGCAGCUAUUGUGGAAAAAGGAAAACCUGGACGGUGAGGCCGACCUGUUGCACUUGCCCACGUGGAGUUGGGCAUCU